AUGGCCGACUACGAUAGAAGACCGCGAAGAGGAGGCGGCGGCGGUGGAGGACACUUCAAUAACCGCAAGAGAAGAUACAGAGAGGACGAUUAUGACGACCGAAGACAGCCGCAGCGCCGUCGAUAUGAAGAGCCUCUGGCUGUUUCACUCCGCAAGCAGGUCUUGUCAAUUGCCGAAAAUCCCAUCAGACGAGCCGAAGAUGAUGUGGUGGCCAUUGCAAAGAUCCUCGCUGAAAAUUAUUUCGACCAUGAUCUCAUCUCUGGCUUUCUCGAGUUGGUAGUGCACCUGCCGCAAGAGCAACCUCUCAAGAUCCCUUUUAUAGCUGCCAUCGCCCUCCAUGCAAAUGCUCUAAAGCCUGAGAUUACCACUGAUGUCCUUACAAAAGUUGGAGAGGAUUUGCAAAAGCAACUAGACCGCGGUGCAUGGAGAGAAGUGAAGCUAUACCUCCGGUUCUUGGCUUGUCUGCAAGGCAUAUUUGAAGAUGAGGGAGUUUUCAAAUUAUUGGAGGAGUUGUUCUCACGCGCUGCAGAACUACAGAUGACAUCCUCGGAAGACGCCCUGGGACUGGAGCUAGUCAAGGUCAUUCUCCUAACAAUACCAUACGCAAUGUCGUCCUCUGCGACAGGACUCGAAAGUCAAGCAUCUAGUCUUCUUGAAAAGACCGAUAUUAUUGCGUCAACGGAGCAUCCUCUCGAACCGUUGGUUGAUCCUUUCUCAUCCUCGAACUCUGGAGGGACCAUCAUAGCGGAAAAUGCCCUUGCAAUGCUCCAAAGACAUAUGCAGGAAGAAUCAAAGAAUUCUUGGGAGCUUGCAUGCCUACCUCGACCAUGGAAAGGAGGCCGUUCGGCAGAAGCAGAGGAAUCAUUGGCACAAGCACAAAAGCAUACUUUCCCAUCGAUCAUUGUUCCUGAGACAGUGAUGACCGGACCUCGCUCAAUUUUCCCCGAGGUUUAUCUUUCAGUUUACGGCCAACAAGAUAUUGAGACAGUGCCCACAGCCUCGGACACUGCUGCGCUACUAAUUCGUGAUGCAUUGUCCGACACCAUCAAUGUCCUCCACUUCAAUCGCAACGUCGCUGCAAAGUUCCUCAUCGAUGUCGAUUGUUAUUUCGCCCCCGACACAUUCGUGAAGAGAGCCACAGCUUUUGACAAACUACGCGAUGUGGCCGGUGAUAAGGCAACAUGGAAGCCCGAGGAUGUGAUCGUGGACGCGACCUUUGGACAGCUCUUCCAACUACCAGCCCCCGAGCACAAAUUGGUUUACUAUCACUCGGUGUUGACAGAGGCUUGCAAGCUUGCCCCUGCUGCAGUCGCGCCUAGUUUGGGUAGAGCAAUUCGAUUUUUGUAUCGCAACGUGGACAGGAUGGAUUUGGAGCUAUGUCAACGAUUCUUGGACUGGUUCGCCCACCAUCUGAGUAAUUUUGGCUUCACGUGGAAAUGGACUGAAUGGGUGGAGGAUGUCAAAUCAUCAGAUCUCGAUCCCAAGAAGGCUUUCAUCGUCGAUGCGUUGGACAAAGAAAUUCGACUCAGCUUCUCGAAGCGCAUUAAGGGCACUCUGCCGGAGCCUUAUCAAGCAUUGAUAUCUGAAGAGAAGGAGAAAGAUUCACCAGACUUCAAGUAUAACGAUGAUGCCACACCAUUUGCAACACAGGGUCAAGAGAUCGCUCAGCUCAUUCGGAAGAAAGCUGCGAAUGAAGAAUUUGGUCCGCCCUUAGAAUCUAUUGAGCAGGAAGCAGCAAAUGCUGAAAUGCAAGAACCCCUGCUUGCUUCCACAGACGCCUUUGUCACCUCGAUCUGUUGGGUUGGUUCAAAGUCAAUGUCACACGUUUUAGCCUGUAUCGAGCGCUCGAAGGAACGCCUUCUCGCCCUCGGAAGUGCCAGUUCUAAUGCUCGCAAGCAGAUCAUCACGUCCGUGAUGGCAUAUUGGCAAUACCAGCAAGGAGUGGGUGGUGUGAUCUUGGACAAAUUACUCAACUAUCAAAUCUUGACACCAACCGAUGUGGUUGAGUGGGUGCUCAUCGAUCAUGUCCAGAAAGGAAAUCUACUCGUUAGAGCAUGGUCCUACGAGGUCAUCAACAUCACCACAAGAAAAGUUGCAGAGCGUGUCAGAAGUAUCGUCCGAGCAAUUAGACAGCCUGGGAUAUCCGAUGAGCAGAACACGCAAAUCCAGGAAGCGUUGACUCGGGAGCAAACGAGUAUGGCGGCUCUUUUUGAGAUGAUCGGAUCCGCACUUGGAGAAAUCCAGGCCAACACACAAGGCCUCGAUAGUGACGAGGCAGACUUGGUCGCGCUGUGGGCCAAUAGAUGGUCGAAAGUGUUCCGGCGCAGGUUUACAGUCGAGGAAAGCUGGGUCAAGGAGGAGUUGGCGAAGCCCAUCCCUGUUGUCGAAGUGCCUCCGCCAUCGGCUGUUCAGGACGAGGCCAUGAAUGAUGCACCUGGUGCCGCGAACGGUAGUGAGGAAAAUGCCGCAGAAGUUCAGGUCGAUGACGGGAUCGAAUGA